GGCGGAAAAGGAAUUAAGACAAGUUCGCCAAAUGAAAAAAUUUACUAAGUCAUUAGUUGCAAAUUUGAAUGAAUUUGAUCACUACCUGAGAGAUUAUCGACGCAAAUUAUUCGAUGUCGAGACAGACAUAGUUUAUACACGUUCUUUGAAAAAGCUAUCAAAGGGGUUGCUUAAUUAUUUGAAAACUUCCGCCAAUCAAUUCCAGAAAAUACAUCGAUCAUUUGAUAUCGUAGAGGAGAAAAUAGGCGGCAGUCAGUCGAUGUCAUUAAAAAAUACAACAACUUUAGAAUACGAAGAGUUAUACAGUUCAACAUACAUACCUCCAUAUCCGG